AUGUAUUAUUGGUCAGUGGUGACAGCACGACAAUUAACAACAAUUACUGUUGUGAUAAGCUUUAUUACAAAUACGAAUACGUUUGCUUGUUUUAGCAGCGGUUUCUGUUCAUGUCCAACAGCAAUUUCUGGUUGUCCAUGCGCAAAACAUGCAUUUGUACAAACAAAAAGUUAUAUUGCACCAUCUAUAUCACAUGUAUCAUCACAUCAGUUACCAAGUUUGGUUAUUUCUCCUUCAUCUUAUUCUGCAUCAUAUCCUUCAUAUAUGUCGUAUCAAUCUGUACCACUUGCAAGAAUUUCAUACCCACAGAGGUAUAAUUUUCCCUAUACCUAUAAUGCACCACAAUCAUUAUCUCAGCAAUCUAUGGUACCAUCAUUAUCAUCACAUAAUAGCCAACGGUCAACCGGUAAUAUCAUGGGCAUAUCUAAAAAUUAUAAUCAAUUCCAUCAUGCUUAUGGAAUUCAUUCAAAAAAAUUGCCACCAAAUACGAUAACAGAGGUACCACUAAUUUAUGAAUCUCAAAAGCACUCAAAUGAAUAUAACGAAAAUAUGGAGCAAAUAGAAGUGGCACCGUCUAUUAUCAGCAGCGAGAAUAUCAAUGAUAAUAAUCAAAUGACAACUCAACGUUUGCAACGUAUCAAUAAUAUUCAUGCUGUUGUAACAUUACCCGUACAAAACGUAUCCAAUCAACAACAUUCAAUGAUAGCUGCUAUUAAUAUAAAGCAAAUGACUGCUACAAAUGAUACAAAUGCAGAUGUUGAAAUGAAUGAGAAAAUGAAUUAUCAAAAUCCAAUUGUAAUGCAACGUCGUAUUUACGUCAAUCAAAAUGUAAGCUUAAAACGUCGUCCAUUGGAUGAUACUAAAAAUCGUCAUGAAGGAAAGCUACCGUUAUGUUCUAGAAAAAUCAGUGAAUCUGGAAAUCAUAAUAUCGAAUGUAUCACAUUAUCAGCAAGUUCAAUUUCAUCGAAAAUUAAUGAUGGAUUAAAAAAUAGCAUGGAAGCAUAUACCUUAAAUGAUAAACAAUUUGAUGAAGCUAAUUCGAAACUAAAUAUCAGACGAGUAAAUAUACCAAAUGUGAGAAGUAAUAUUAGGAUAAUUCCUCGAACAGAAUCAUUUAAACAUUUGAAAUUCUUUAAUGCUGCAUCGCUUCGUGAUAAUCAUCAUGUACCAAUUGUGCUACAACAAAAUCAUCAGGACAGCAAUAAAUUUUUCCAAAAAUAUCGAAAUUCAAAAAAUGUCGAAAAUAUGUCGCAAAAAGGAAUGAAUAUUAAUUCAAUUGGAACAGAAAAAUAUAUUGGUCAAAAUAGGAAAGUAGCAUAUGCAAAACCGACAUUUAAAGAAGCUUCAUCGAGUGGUUGGACAAGAAAAAAUGAUAGAUUACUUCGUCGUAGAUUUGAAAAAAUGGAAGAAUUGAAUAAUGCAACGAAAUGGAUUGAUUAUGAAAAUAGAUUUUAUACAACUUAUCAUCAUCAUACAUGUACCGGUCGAAUAUUGGGCUAUUUACGAAAUGGAACGAUCGCAUCAGUAGCGCAAAAAUGUGAAGAACUAGAAUGUGAUGCUACGAAUGUUAGGCUUUCAGAAGAUCAUAUCCUAGAAAUCACAUUCUUGAAAAAUGUUACCGGAUAUUUCAGAAAUUAUGGCAACUAUUGUGUUUCAAAGAAAUCAGUACGCCAAGUUAAUUUUGAUCAUGUAGUAAUUGGAACAAAUGCGCUUUCAAAAGCUCAUCGAUUUUACAACAAAUCACUCCGUGAUGGUAACACUUAUCGUGCUUAUCGCGAAGCAAAUAAAUCUGGACGAUUUGUGAGGCCAAUAUUAAUCGAUGGAACUGCAAAAGUAUUUUAG